CCCAACGGCACCUGUGUUCCACUGGAGAUCGUGCUGAUGGAGAAGGUGGUUGGCUGCCGCAGAAUCAUCCAGCUCCUCGACUGGUUCAAGCUGCCCGACAGCUUCGUGCUGGUGAUGGAGCGUCCGGAGCAAUCUCGGGAUCUCUUGCACGUCCUGCUGGAGCAAGAGUUCCUGAGCGAGGAGGCGGCGUGCUGGCUUUUCUGGCAGGUGCUGGAGGCCGUGUGGCACUGCACCGCCUGCAGCAUCCUGCACCAGGACAUCAAGCCAGAGAACCUCCUCGUCAACCCAGAGACUGGUGAGCUGAAGCUGAUCGACUUCAGUUGCGGCACUUUCCUCCAGGAGCUGGCCUGCACACAGUUUGCCGGAACACGCACGUACUGCCCACCCGAGUGGAUCGGCCUGCGCUGCUACCAUGGCGAUGGGGCGACCAUCUGGUCCCUGGGCGUGCUGCUGUUGGAGAUGGUGUGUGGGUUCCUGCCCUUCGAGAAUGAGUGUGACAUCGUGUUGGGGCAGCUCUUCUUCCCGCAGGAGGUCUCUCCAGAGUGCCAACAUCUGAUCCGCUGGUGUUUGUCCAAGCACCCCAUGGACCGGCCGGUGCUGGAGCAGAUCUUCUACCACCCUUGGGUGUUGGGCGGGCAUUUCUGA